CCACUGAAUUCACUCGCGACUGUUCGCAUUUUUGGAAAACGCAGGCUCACUGGUCGAUUCUCCCCCUCGGGUGCUACCGUGCGUGCACAAGAUAUUCGUGAAGUAGAACCGUGAAGCCCAGACCCGGAGAGGCACCGGGAAUCGUUCACGCUCACUGGUAAAGGUGAAAGCAAAAUCCGCACGAAACCGUUCUGUUCGGUCAGGAAAAGGAAAGGGCGAGAUACGUGCGGGUGCGUGUGUGAGAACAAAACUUCCCUGUUUUGUAGCUCCACCGAUCGAAGCAGCCAGUUGUGAACGAGAGGGUCCGAGUGUGCGUUUUUAUUUGGUGUUCGCCGUUCCUUUUGCCUGGUGGUUAAGAAAAAGUAGGGCUCGAACACGUUCCCACAGGGCCGAAACUCGCACCUCCGUUUUCCGUGUACAGUGCAGAUCUGAGCGUCGAAAAGCCAAUCACCGCGCGCGCCAUCAUCAGCACGUUAUGAAGUUCGAAAACAAACAACAGGAAAAAGACGAUUUUUAAGCGAAAAUCAAAGUGCUCUGCCGCGAACGAAAGCAGUUGUUACCGUGGUUACCGAAGUGCACCGUAAAAAAAAAGUGGAAAAAAGAAAAAUCGAAAUUUUCCUCUCUACGAAAGUGUUGCUCUCCAUGAGUGUGUUCUGUGUGCGAUUGUUGGAAAAGUGAAGUAAAAAUUCAAUCGAUUCGAAUCCGAAGUAUAAAGAGAAGCAAUAGAAAAUAACAAGUGAAGUGUUUGUGUGUGUCACUGCGGGCAUGUGCGACCAAUGAUAACGACAAGUGUUGAAAAUUAACGUCUCAAGGUUUCUUCGCGUGAAUAAUUUGCACCAUCCUAGAUCUGCCUCGGGAAUGUAUCGACGGAUCUGGCGAUAGAUUAGCUGCUGCUGAAGAAUUUCAAAAAUUGAUUUGCCACACCACCGUCCAAAGGAUUUCCGGCUUUAUUUUUGUUUUUCCCGAACCUUCAACCAAGUUCCGAAUUUGUCCCCGCUCGCUUCCCCUACGAUCAGCAUAACGGCUCUCCGCAGUGAUCAGUUCAGAGUGCCUCACUGCUUGAGCUAGAUGAACUGUCAUGGUUUUUAUAAAUAACAGAGAUGAGUAUUUACCAUUCCUGAAAGCGCCAGGAGUAAGAAUGCAAACUCCUUUGGUUAACAACGUGACGACGAACACUACGACACUCACUCGAGACGUUGCCGCACAGGUGCAGCAGCAACAACAACAGCAGCAGCAACAGCAGCAACAACAACAGCAGCUUGGCAACGUUAACAAUAACAACACCACCACUAACAAUAACAACAACAACACCCUCAUCAACAACAACAGCAUCAGCGUGAGCGGGUCCUGCGGGACACUGAAUGUUAACAACAACAUAAACAACAACAACAGCAUCAACAACAAUGGUCAGCCGCAAGUUGCCCGGGCACUGCUCAUCUGUCGUCCAAACUCGCAUCCCUUUAACAACCGGACACUUUACCUUGAGCCGGGUGCCCAAGCUAAGGUAGGACGGUCGGUUGCGAGGAUUCGCGUGUCGGAAAACAAUGCAAUUUUCGACUGCAAGGUCCUGUCCCGGAACCAUGCCGUGCUGUGGUACAAAGAUGGCCGUUUCUUCAUCAAGGAUACGGGCAGCAGUAAUGGCACGUUCAUCAACAACUUUCGCCUCAGUCAGACGUGUUCCGAGUCGGAACCGUACGAAAUCAGCUCCGGCGAUAUCGUGCAGUUCGGCGUGGACGUUAUGGAGAAUACGCGGCGCGAAACGCACGGUUGCAUUACGGCCACGCUCAAGCUCUUCCUGCCGGACGGUCGGGAAACGAAGGCCAGCCAGAAGGUGGGCAUUGGGGGGCAGAGCGCCAUCAUACCGCCGGUCGAUCUGUACCGAUUGAAUCAGUACAUCCAGGAGGCGAACCAACGGGAGCAGAUACUCGAAACGAAGCUGAUUAGUCUCCAGAAGAUGGUCGAAUCGACAAAGCAAAAUUCCUUCCUCGGCUGGCAGGCAAUGAUCGACGAGGAUCGAUUGCUCAGCCGUAUCGAAAUGCUGGAAAAGAAGCUACAGUACUGCCAGAAAAACAUCACCGCGGACAAGCUGCACGACGAGCUGAUGAAGCUGGUGCAGGAAAAGGAAGAGUAUCAGAACGCGGCCAAAGAGGCUAUGUACAAACUGUACCAGGAGCGGCACGAAGCGGUGCACAAGCAGAUUUCGCUCGAGAAGGCGCUCUGCACCAGCGAGGACGAAUGUUCGUUGUUGCGGGAGCAGCUGAACAAAACGAAACAACAGUUGCAGGAAAUGACCAUCUGUAUGGAUACGCUGAAGAAUCAGUACGAUGAGAAGGUCGCUUCGAGCGAAGAGCAGCUGAAGGCAAAGGAGUCCGAAAUUACGAGUCUCACGCACAAGCUGGAUCACUUUGUUGACGUGUAUGCUAUUGGAUCAUCUGAUGACGAACAGCAGCAGCAGCAGCAGCAGCAGCAACAGCAACACCACAUACACAGUUCGGCCAUGUCAAACUGGCUGAAGAACUCAGAUAUUAAGAAACUGGAAGGAUCUGAAGACAUAAUUAAGGCCAUUUGUAAUGAUACUGAAAACGAGAUUACCGGUAGUGAUUACACGGAAGGACUGACAAAGCUUCAACGACGUAUCAAUACGUUUGAGAAAAAUUUCACCCUGUUGUUCGGAGCAGAUCUGAAAUCGGAAAAUGAAACGGACGAUCUAGAUAACGAUGCCACGGAACCGAUCGUGCUGACGAGCACAGCCAACAACGUAACAACGACAACCGCCGGUGCACAAUCCAAAAUGGAUGAGCUCGUCGGGGACGCUAGCGCUGCAGAAGGAGACGAGAAUGGACCACCAACGCUGCAGGUAGAAUGCGAUGGCAAUCAGAACGAUGUGAACAGCACCACUACGACCAUGAAUCGCAACGGUGGUGGAGAUGGUAGCGAAGACAACGGCACUAUACCGAUGGAAGUGCGCGCCGGCGUUGAUCAGGAUUCGCCGCAGCAAACGUCGGACGGAGAUAGCGGCACGGUACCGGCUUCCAAUGCAGCACCACCGUACGGCCAAGGAGCAACGGAUCAGAUGAACAAGAACGUGCUCAAGCGUAAUCUUCGGCUGAUCAAGAACGACUGUACGACGCUGCUGCGGCAAGUCGAGCGUACGAUAGCGCAGAAGCAAUCGGAGCAAAUUAUCCAGAAGGCGAAGUAUGAAGAGCUGGAAACGGAGCUGUUGGCAUUUAAGGCGGAACUCGAAAGCCGACCGAAGCAGGAUGAGCUGGACCAGAAGCAGCAGCUGUGCGAUAGCCUCACCGAAAGUCUUUCCCACCUACGGCACGAGGUGGACGAGCUGCGUACGCUGAACGAUCGCUGCCAGCUCGAGAUGGAGCGUAUGGAGGUUGAGCUGCUGAAGCAGAAAAACAUCGAGAACGAAAAGAUCAGUGCAAUGGCGGCGGCCGCCGCUGCUCAGGAGGAGUCCACCGCAAACGUUUCGAUCGUGGCUAAGGAGAAGCAAGAACCGACGGAAACGGAAACGACGGCCAAGGGUGGCGAGGUCGAGCGGCAAACGCAACAGGAGCUGAUGAUGAUGCCGACGACGUUGCUGGUUGUGACGGACAGUGCUCCGAUGGCGGAAAUGCCCUCGCCGGUGCUAAUACCCACCGUGCCGAUGGUGGACGUGGAAACGCAAACCGAUACACUUCCGGAUGUGCCUGCUGUUGGGGAGGAGCCGUCGUCAGCUUGUAUGCCAGUACCAGUUCUACCUCUAGCCGUCACAUCCAGCACCACCGAUACGAGCGAUGGUGGCGAUAUGUCGAUCUGCUCCAAUCUGGACGAUCUGGAUGACGACGACGACGACGAUGACGAGAAGACGGAAACCAUUGAAACGACCGCAAUGUACAAUGCGGACCAUCCUGCGUUGGACCUGUUGCGGAACACAAUCGGUGCACCGAGCGGUGUUAGUAGCGUAGAGGACGACGAUAAACUGUGUGACGGUAGCAACGAUAAUUGUAGUAAUAAUGGUGGUACUUCACUCCUCACGACCCUGGACGAUACCACCGGCAAUGGAGCGGUCCUGUCCGGGACGGCCACCACCACCAUCGACUAUGAGCUGGCCAUGAUCAACCAUCCGGAUGUGCAGCGUGAGGAGGAAUUGGUUGCCUUCAAGGAGAAGUACUCCCAUCUGAGCGAGGAAAACGUACGACUCAAUCAGAAGCUACAGCAGCUGACGAACGAUAUGAGCCAAUCGCGGCAGUGGUUCGCACUCCAGAUCGCCGCCUGCAUCGUUCCGGUGAUGGCCAUCUUCUUCUACAUGCUGACAGGUGCACGCUCGUAAUGGGACCUGCGGUUCCCGGUUGCCGACUGCAGCAAGAGGGCAUUAGCGAUCGUCGGUCGUUGUUAGCCACGCCUGGCCAGGAAGCAGAGACAGAGAGAGAGAGCGAGAGAGGGAGAAAGCAAGCGAGAUGUGUAGGGAAAUUUGUGGAAACGGAAGUGUUGCUUACUAAUGUUCUUUAAUUCUAUUAUUUUUUUAUUAUAACUAUAUUUUGUUGAUGUGCAACCAAGUCUUGUAAGGCGAAGCGAAAAGGGACAAAAAAUUAUCUCGUUAUCACACCGUACCGUGUAGUGUUUGUGUAGAAAACGGAAAGCGAAGGAAACGCAACGAAGGUAUAGGUUUGUGUUUUUCGUUUUCUUCUCA